GGCGGAAAAUAUGAAAUAGUACCAAGUUGACCUUAGAUAUUUCAUGCGGAGGUUAGUGGUCAACUGAAAGGCCUCAAUAAUCCUCAUCUCUUUAUCCUAAACCUUCGUAAGUCAUACAGUUACUUGUUGUUUCUAAUGGGUGUUUUACUAUAUGAAAACACUGAUUUUGAAAAACAUUACUGUACAACCUAAUGAAGGGCAUGUUAUCAUGCUUCAGCAACUCAAAUUGAUUGUAUUUGUGCUAUAUUCGUUAACAUAUCAUACAUUUUGUGACAGUAUUGCUUUGUGAAGAUGUUAGCGUUAACAAUUGUUGCAAGUCGGCGUUAAAUGUGUACAUAUAUGUACACAUUGAUUUGGCUAUUCCAGGCUUUAUUAUUAUCUGCACGAAUUAUUGAACAAGUCAUGGUUGGUGCCCAAGUAUUAUAUAACACUAAGCUUGUUCUAUUUAAACUGUUUGCUGACUGGUGAUGAAGGUGCAAGCAAACUUGGCACCUCAUCUGAAGUACAUGACGCCCACUCUAAAUAAGUCAGCGUUUAACUUCCAGUGAACAGUAUCUAAUUUGACUGUUUAAAUAAAUACCCGGGUCUAAACCAAGGUAUUGGAUAUAUCAUUCACCUCUGUGACUACACUAACACUUUCGGGUCACUUCCCUGAGUAAUCUUAAUUGCCACGUUAUUUGUUUAUUUGAUCAGUCUUAUUAAUUUUGAGUCAAACUUUAGUUGCACAUCGUUACGGCACAGUACAGUAAGUUUUGUUAUAAGCUGUGCAAUGCACAUCUUCCGUUUGGAGAUGUUUAGCCAAUUCGAAAAAAACAGGGGAAGGUCCGGGGUUUUUUGUCUGUCCUUCUGUAAAGAAGCAUUUCAAUCCAUAGUACCACCUAGAACUAGAUAUUUUCCCCAAGUUAUCAUUCUCCUAUAUUAACACACGAUACGCAUUUAUCAUCAGGUUGACUUAACUGAGUCAUAGUCAAUUUUCAGUUGGUGACUAUGAGUAUUGCAAGUUGUGGUGAAAAUAUUGUUACGGCACGAUUACGUAGUUUUUUUUUUAUAAAUUUCACUUGGUCAGCAUUUUCUCAAGUACAGAAUUUCUUGGUAGUUCACGGAAGCCACGAACUUUAGGUGACAUACAAGUAUGAUGCGCGGUUGUAGUAGGGUUGGUUGGUUACUUAGAAAUGCGUAAAGAUCUGUGAAGACAGACCAAAAGUCUCUUUUCUGCUUAUCUGCUCUACGAAUAAGUAACAACAAAUACUGCAGAUUUGAUAAAUUUAUGCCAGUGAUUCUAUCUUGGUGCAACAGCAUUUUCGCUCACUAAUGACCGACGAAUACGAGUGUUACCUUAUUCAUUCCAGUCAGUAAUUGCAGCUAACACCAUAGGAUUUCAAUUAACAGGCUACGGAGAUUCUUAAUAUUACUCCGUUUUCGAAAUAAAAGACAAUUUGCAUUUGAUUAUCAUGAGCUAUAAGUAAACCAUUUCUCACCAUGAAAGCUUCUUUUAAGCAGUCCACCUAGUUGCCGCAUCUUUAUCUAGUGGUUGAUGACCAAGAAAGCUGUGAGCCUAUGGAAGUGUGUGUUCUUGCUUUUCUUUCGGGGAGGGGUAUCUGUGUUAAGGUCAUACUGCCGGUUACAAACCGUCGCAAGGUAAGUCAGGAUGUACGAUUUCCGAAGUCAACCUUUUGCAACUCUCUGCAGAUCAGGAAGGUACCACAGCUGGCUUACCGGUCGUCUAUUAGAAGCGCCUUACUUCUGUUACAUCUAUUUGGCAAGAGUACGACUUCUCCCUCAGACCUCCAACGUAAUGUUACUUACACUGUUACAGUAACUGGUCUUAGUUUAACAGGUAUCCAGACGAACUUUCUGAUAUAGCAGGACCCACAGAAACAGGUUCCAGCCGAUGUUACUGGUUGUGUAGUUGCGAUAUGUAAGGCAGAUCGUCGUGUCAACGUAGUAGCUUUCGGGGGUGGGGAAUAGAAAGACCUAGUUCUAAUUCGAAUGAUUAGAUUAGCAGAUUACAAUUGAAAUGUUACAAGACCACUAUAAUUUAAAAGGUGUCGCUUAGUUCUUAUUUCCCCACAAAGGCUAAGAGCUUUCUCUAAAAUCGCGCUAGCGAAAAUUGCAUCCACAUUUGACUAUCAUAUAUUUUGCAAUUAACUUUCAUCUUCAUUGUUGUUGAGCUCUUUAUAAUUUUGAAAAAAUCAUCCAUCAGCCACAAAUUGUGGCUUUGAACGUUACCACCAAAUGAAGCAGCAAGCGUUGGUAGUCAUUAGAUAAGCCUUCUAUGCUGCGGAUAUCCAUAUUUGGAGAAUUAUGACCCAUUUAGUUGUUCACUUUGAAGAAAGUUCUGAAAUUUAGCAACGGCGUACUGGUCAGUAAGACAGAUCUUUUAUGCAAGGUCCGUUAUUGUGUCCAAAUUAGGUGAGAUUAUCAAGCUCCUGGUUUCUGCACUUCGUCACUUGGUAUGGCGAUCUGAAGACGGCAUUAGCUUGCAUUGUGGGUACAAGCGAGCAAAAUUAAUGGCUGUAUUCAGGCUAUCAAGAUCAAUCAUUAUAAUUACUUGUUGAAAGCAAGUAGUCGUUUGCAUUCUUUAUAAAACUUGGCAGAUUUGUGCUGAGAGAUUCACCUGGAUAUUUCUACUUGUCGCCAUUUGACUACCCUGAUAUAUAGCCUUCCUACUGUAGUUCCGUACUAAAAUAAUAAGAAUGUUAGUGCUAUAAGUAAUUCGUUGUUUUUUUAACGUCUUGUCAUAUUUCAGUUAGCUAGAACCGUGCCAACUACGGUACUUGGGAUUCGUACUUAGUGUAUCUUGUGUGAUGUUUGUCAGCUUAAUUGCUUGAUUACUAGUUAUAAUGAAUAUAUAGUGUGGUAUAUUCUCUGUUGAUAUUUUCGAUACAUUUGUCUUUUUACUGGUUGUUGGUUAUUGUCCAAUGAUAGAAAUGGGGAUUUUCACUGGGUGAAAAUCUUACAUUUAACUGAACUGAUUCAUAAAUGCAAGUGAAUACUUUCAUUAUUUACUGAUUUCACUAUAAAUCUUUUGUUAUAGUUAUAAAUGAACACACCAACACAACAAUUUCCAAAGAAUGAUAACAUUCCUGAGUCUUCGCCUGGUCCUGAAGCCACGGAAAGUACUACAAAUAAGCCAGAUGACAGUGACUUGUUGAAUCGUUCUGCGUUUCGAAGGGAUAGUGGUUCACGUUCGGCCACAAAAAAGGUCAAGAUCGUUGACCCUAAACAGAAUGUUGAGGGGGAUUCUGAUGAAGAAGAUUCCAUAUCACAACCUAAUACUGGUAAUAUUCCCGUGCUCGGUGAAUCAGUCUCUGCUGUUAAUUGUGGUCAAGCAAAUGACCAACAGGCAGCUUCUGCAGCUUCCAUUGAUCGCAAAAAGACGAAGGAGGAACGGAAAAAAGAACGUGAGAAAAAGAAAGAGGAGGAGAUGUUAAAAAAGUAUCAGGCAGAGCAGGAAGCUAAACAAAAAAUAUCAGCUAAGUCUAAAUGUGGUCGGUGGAUAAAGCAUAAUUUAAAGAUUGGUGAAGGGGGCUAUAAAUUUGUUUACCGUGGAUACGAUAGCGUUGAGGCAAGAAACGUUGCGUGGUGUGAAUUUAAACGUGAACAUGUUGAUACUAAAGAAAAGCGUCAAGCAAUGUUCAGAGAGACAGAAAUUAUGUUAAAAAUGAACCACCCCCACAUCGUCAGGUGCUUUGAUGUUUUCAGGGAAUGGAUAGAUAUGGAAGAUCCGAACAAUCAAAUUGAAGAGAAGGGAGUUGUGAUUAUUCAAGAAUUGAUGGGUGAAGGGACCUUAAAAAGUAUUAUUAAAAAGAAUUUCCUAGAUGGUCAGUGUAUACUUAAGUUCCCCCUUAUCACACGUUGGUGGCAUCAAAUCUUAGAUGCUUUGCGUUAUAUGCAUCACAAAAUACAACCACCUAUUUUACAUAGGGAUUUAAAAGCCGAUAACUGCUUUUUGUAUGGUGCUUCUGAUGAAGAGUAUUUGAAUGUGAAGGUUGGAGAUUUCGGUUUGGCUACUCAUGUUAGCAACAGCGGAAGGAAAACCAUGCUUGGUACUCUUGGUUUUAUGGCACCAGAAAUUUUCGAUGAAAAAUAUGAUGAAAAAGUCGAUAUAUAUGCAUUCGGUAUGCUGAUGCUAGAAGUGAUGACAAAUCGUACACCGUACGAUGAGUGUGAGACGGUUUUGCAAGUAGCAGCUAAAACGAUGUCUGGUCAAGGUCCUGAUAUCAUGCAAAUGGUGUCAAACCCUUCCUUACGUGAGGUGAUAUGCGCAUGCAUACAGCCCUUAACGUGUUUUCGUCCUACUGCUGAUGAGUUGUAUUUCCAUCCGUUAUUUCAACCGAAAACGUUACCAGUAGAAGUAGAGCCAAAUUACGAUAAUGCAACAGAUCGUGCAGAGGUACUAGAUCGUUUUGUGCGAUCUCUUGGUAAUCCAGAAACGCAUGUUACAAGAACUGGAUUGGAUGAUGGUGAAUCAUUGGAAUUCGAUUUAGAUAUAUAUAAAGCUGAGGAUCAGGAUAUUCCCGACCUAAUUCAUAAUUUAAGACUUGGAUAUGAAGAUAAGUUGUGGCGUGUCUUUGAAAAUCCUAAACAACCUGAUAAGAAAAUUGUUUCAAAUCAUUUAGAUAAACUUUUCAGCAGUAUAAGACUACAAAUGCAAUUUCUAGUGAAAGUUUUAUUGGGUAAACGGUGGAAAGCGAUUCUAGAUUCAUUGGUUGAAGAACAGCGUACGCGGAAAAAACAAGAAGGUGCUUCAACUAUUGAUGAAGACGACCAAAGUGAUACAGAUGCUUAUGACACAAGCAGCUUCACUAUUAUCGGGAAGUAUAAGAGCAAAUGGAAUAGAGCCAAAAAAUUAUUAGAAAAAGAAAUCCAGGCUUAUAGGAAUUUGACAGCGGUUUCUUCCGCCGGUUCCUCAGCUGUUACAUGUAGUGCAGUUACUACUGGUGCACCUGCUGUAGCUGUUUCAGGUACUUCUGUUACUCCGUUAAUUGUUGGAGGCAUGACUCAGCCACAGAUGGAUACAAACCACAUCCCUCUUGGUGGGACUAAUAUUAUGCCUCCUGGGCAGAUUCUUCCAGGUCCUCAAAGUAAGAUAAGCACCGAAUCCAUUGAUAUGCAUUGUCAGAACUUAGAGGGUUCUAACCAGGUUUCUGUUCCAAAUAGUGGUUUAACAUCAAUUGGUAAAUUUACUGUCACGAUCCCACCAAGCGCCACAGCCGCACCGGUCACUCCUAAUAUUCUUCCGCUGUUGUCUAAUAAUGGGUCAACACCAACCCCAACUCCAGCUUCAACACCGAUACCACCACAGACUGCUGUAGCCCAAAAGACCUCAGAACCUCAUGUCUCUGCGUACCCGAAUAAUUCAUCUGUUCAACAUCCAUCAUCUAUUUCAAUGAAUACCGAUGUAAACGCAGUUGCUAGACGACCAGUUCCUGACCACUGCACUACAUGUAAUACAACAUACAUUUCUUCACAGCCGUCUGUUGUUUCACUAGCUGGGGCUUCACAACAAGGAGUGAGUCAAAAGCAACCACUACAAUUUCAGACACAACAAUCUGCUCCUGUAAUGAGUACACUUCAAAGUCAGGCAGGUGUUUUCAUUCCUUCUCAGGCAUCUGUAGGCAAGUCAGAUGCUGAAGUUAUUGCGGCGAAUAAUAUGGAUACGAUAGCUCGUUCAGCCAUGAUACUUCAACAGGUGCUUCAGGGGAUUACAUCAACUUCAGUAGCCAAUUCGUGUAUUCCAUCUUCAGAAACUGUCUUGGGUUCGCAAAUGCAAACUGUUCAACAACCUGUGCCAGUAUCUACUUCAGGAAAUUGCAUACUGGCGACCGGAUUUCCCAGUCCUAACCAACAGAUUAUUGUAAAUCAGCAACAGCAAAUGAUGUUUGCAGCUGCAGCUGCCAUUGCAGAACAAGCAGUGACAGCGGCUACAACUGCAGCUGGUCAGCUAUCAUCCACCCCUUUAUCACAAAUUAGUAAUUUGGCGCAGCAGAACUCUACGGGUUUAGGCUGCGCAACCAGCCAUUUUAGUGGUCUACAGUCGAAUGCAGUCUCAUGUUGCACUGAUCAAGAGGGGGUGAAUCAAGGUCAAUUGGUCAACACUGGUUUCAUGGUUCCACUUCUUAGUGAUAGUCAUUCAACAAUGCCACAAUUACAACAGCCUACAAUACAGUACAAUCAACAGUUUCCAUCACAGGUUUCAGCAAUGAACGUAAACGAUAAUACUGUUUCAAGUAUGCCGUCUAUGACUCCUGGUUUAGGGGUUAUCGGUCAGAAUACUUCUGCGGCUCAAAACGAAGGUUUUGUUCAACCUGAAUCUGAUAUUCACCCAAAGACUGAUCAAUCUCAAUUACUGAUUAAUUCAGAGCAUGUUUCGCUCAUAAAUCAAUUAACUGAAGUUCUUAUGAAUAAUGCAGCUCAAGGACUUCUUCUAGGCGGAAAUAAUUACAUGCUGAAUUCACAGCCAACUCAGCAAACACUGCCAAAUAGUCAGCCAUCACUGUCACAACUUCCAUCAAGACAAGUUUCUCUACAACACCAGCAACAGCAACCGCCGCAGCAGCAACAGCAGCAAAAUCAGCCUAGGAAUACAGCUCCAAACUUUAAACCUAUUGAACGAAGAACAAGGAAAAAAGUGAAAUCAAAACCUAGAUAUGUUUUACGUGUUACUAAAAUUGAAAGGGAUUUUGAAGGCUGUGAACCUGAUAAUUUACGACCAACAUUCUAUUUAGAGAUGCCAGAUUUGAAUAAUCCAAACAAUGAAUUAUGGAAGAUCACUUUUCGCUGUAAUUUAUCUGAUACACCAGAAGAUAUAAAGCUGUUUCAAGGAUCUGGGUAUACUCCAGCUAAUGAGGAUAUCGAUCGUGCAGCUAAAGAAGCAGUUAUGACUCUACUAGAAGCUUUACGUAAUGAUGUCAAUUCAGUGAAACUGAACCAAGAUUAUGUUUUUUAUCCUCGACCAUCGACCGCUGGAGUUGAUCAGACAUCAAUUUCACACUUACCUGGUUUACCUAAUACGUUGAAUAACACUUCUGUAGUUCAAUGUAAUGCACCUGUUAACUCUGCGUUUACUGGUACAUUUGGUGCUGGCGGUGUUGCCGUACAGAAUACUAAUACUGGUUUAACUUAUCCAUCAGCUGCUGCUACACAUGAUGGCUCAGCUUUCAUGUCUCAUUUUGAAGAGAUUCAACCAUUGGACUCUAAAAAUCAUGAGGAUGAGGAUGAAUUCAGUGAAAAUUCUCGACCUUUAUCUCCAGUUGAUAAUGGAAAUCAACCAAUGAAUUUUCCCUUUCAACCUGUAAUUAAUGGUGUUGAAACUCUGAAUAAUUAUAAAACAACGAACAGCAGUCAAUGUAUGUCCUACUAUACUGUUUCUUCGUGUGCUGAAAGUUUACCUUCAUCUGAUUCAAUCCAAAGUAGUAAACCUAGAAGUGAAUUAAGAGAAAUGACUGAAAGUGCUGUUGGAUCUGAUAUUCCAAAUAAUAACUUUGUUCCUCAGUCUUUGUUACCAAUGAAUUUAAAUUAUGUGAAUGAUAUCUUGUCUCUUGCUGGUGGUCGUGCAGAAAAUGGUGUAAACUUCAUCACUUGUCAACCUGGUUUAGAAGAAGUACCACCACUUGUUCCACCUCAUAGUGACAAACCUGGUGCUACUUUCGUUGGAGAUUCAGGGUCAACUUCUUGCAAUGAAUCAACAUCGUAUGAUCCAUCGAUGAGUACUCAACCUGAUAAUACAGCUUAUCAAGGAUAUGCUGCUCAAUCAAUAUAUACUACACAGCAGUCGAACCACGUUUCUUGUAACCACGGUGGAGUGAAUUAUACCUCCUCAUCUCCUUUCAAUCCUGAAGGAUUAGUUACUGUCACAAUCACCAUUCCUAGUGUUUUGGAAACCACUUUAAGGAGUUUAGUUUCUAAAUUGUGUUCUAACCCGUCUCAUCCUUGCAUCCUAAUACCAACCUUAGAGUCUAAUGACCCUUCAUCUGUUCCUCAUUGUUCGAGUGUACGUGUAGUUGAUAUACCAGAAGGACACAUUUUUGCAGGUGUUCCUGGAGAUGGACGAAUGCCAUCUGGUGCCUAUUUGCGUAGUACGUUUUUAACUAGUGCCAAGAACGAUACUGAAAAGGCAUUUGUUCUUGUCGCAGAUACUCAUUCUGAUGAUAGUUUCUCUGGACCACACAUAUACAAACUUCCAAGAGACUCAGCACUUAUUUUAACACAUAAUGGCAACAUUCAUUUAUUAGACAGACCUGCUCUAGUUGUUCCAGUGCGUUCAGCAGACCAAAAUCAAAGUGUCAGUCCUCCAAGUUCCCCGGAUCAUAGUUCUGGGAUACAGCCAAUUGUAUCAUCUGUGUAUGUUCGUGAGUUGCCUAUGCCGGCUGAUACAGACGCACUAAGUUUUGAUGAUGUACUUGCUCUACUAUUGGCUCUUCGUGAUGCACCUCAAGGAGCUAUGCAACCGUAUCAUUUAAAUAUGACCAUGAAUGCCGAUAAUGAAAAUACUCAGAUUGAGUCAAAAACUAUGGUGUGCGACAGUGUUCCAGGCGCUGAAUCUUUAAGUCGUCGAUCAUCUGCAGCUGCAACAGUAGCUCCUACCACUUCUGGAUUUUAUGCUUCGCAAGCACAACCUGUAUCUACGUCUGGGAUGACUCCUAGUCAACCAUCACAAAGCUUACUAAGUCAACCACAGCAAAUCCAAAAUCCACAUCAAACAGGUAUGCAGUCAGCCCCUCAAUUUCCAAUCCCUGUAAGUAUGGGUCAUCAAUCUACCAACCAACUGCCAGGUGCAGUUUCUUCAAAUGUUGCUGCUUCCCGACUAUCUUUGCCUAAUCAAAUGCAUCCUUUUAUCCAACCAAUUGGUCAACCAUCACCAUUACAGUCAAUUCCACCAUCGACUGUGGAUUCUCAUAAUCCUGGAGCUACUGCAUACAUGAAUCAAUCAUAUCCUUCAAACGAUGUUAUGCAGUCAAGUCAAUCCAUGAUUGCUCAAAAUCAAUUGUCUUUACCCGUGAACAAUGUCUAUUUGCAACAACAGCUGUUGUCCAUGAAGACACAACCAGAACACAUGUCAGUCACUAAUCAAACUCAUAUAAAUCCUUCUUGUCUAUCAAAUUUACAACAAUCUAUAAUGCAACAACAAGCUCAUUUACCCACACAGCCAACACAACCAAAAGAAUCCCAACAGCAAACCGGAAUUCAGUCAAAUACACAGCAACUCUUACAACUGUUGUCUGCUUUGAAUACAUUGCAAACCUUGGAUCAGGUACCUCAGUUCUUAUCAAAUCUUUUGAAAACUUCCAGUCAAGUUACUAAUCCAUCCUCUAAAUCAGUGACAAAUCCAGGUGUUGUUAGUACUGCUCCAACUGUAGGUGUAGUUCGACAUCAAAGACAACUUUCUCCUCCAGUGUCCACACAGUCUGCAGUACCUGCCUCAACUCAACCACAAGCAAGUCAUAUUCCUCAAAGACUUAGUGUUGCCAGCCCUCCUGUACCCAACUUAGGGUCAUGUUCAGCAAGCGUGAAUUCUUUGCCUGUAUUGUUAAGUCGCCUGUUGGCUUCCGCAGCUGCUAACUCUGAAUGGUCAAAGCUUAAUGAGAUUAAUAAACCUCAAGGUGUUCAAAUGCGUCCUUCUUUCUUAGCUACUAAUUUAUCAUCGGGUGCAUCUACUGUAGAAAAUCAGGAUAAUACGAAUGUUCAGUCUGUAGUGAAGGCACCAACAAGCCAGACUAGUAAUAUUCACUCAACUCAGCCUUCGCAUCAGCAGCAACAACAACCACAAAUGACUCAAAUACCGUCCCACCAUCAACCCACUCAAAUUCAUUCACAAUUGCAACACUCUUCCCAAAUUUUAUCACAACAGCAAGCUUCUCAGAUGCAAUCGCAUACACAACAGCAAUCUCAAACACCACCAGUCCCAACACAGCAACAAACUUCACAAAUAUCUGGACAAGCUCAUCAACUUAAUCAACUUCAAUCGUCAGCCCAACCAACUCAAAUGCAGCAGCAUCAACAAGCUGCUCAAAUACUGUCUCAAGCACCGUCACACCAGAUCCAGCAACAACAGCCUCCGUCAGUUACUCCUCCUUUACAAACAAAUCAAAUGAUUCAACAACCAGUUUCUCAAGUGACAGUACAACAGCCGAUACAUCAGACUCAGUCAAUGCAAUCAACACAACAGCAAACUCUCCCAAUGCAAACUCACCAGCAACUGUCUCAACAAUCUCAUGCCUUACACCCAUCGACACUGCAACACUUUCAGCAUCAUUCACAACAGUUACAAUGGCAACAGCCUCAGCACCUAUUGAAUAACAUUAUCCCGAAACUGUCUGCACCUGCACCAUCUAAAGAUAGAAAUCAACAACAACUUUCUUUGCCUGCAGCUCAUACAUACCUCAGCCAAAUAUUGCCAGAAUUAGCGAAUGCUGUACGUCUACUUCAGCAGACACCAGAUAGUAAUAGUGCUGGUUUGCUGUCUGUAGACGUUCAAAAUAAGUUGAUCACCCUUUUACAACAACAGCAGCAACAACAACAACAGCAACAAUCACAACACCAACAACAGCAACAACAACCGCCACCACCAAUACAACACCAGCAGUCACAACAACAACAACAAUCUGUGCAACAAGUACAAAACCAGACUCAACCACAAUCAGUAAAUCAUGAUGUAACAUUUAAUUGUACAGGAACAAAUGUUGCAGUGCCUUCCUGUUUACCUGGAAAUGGUCAAAUAUUAAAUAUGCAUCCUAUAUCUACAACUUCAAAAUUGCCUAUACCAUCGACUAUGAAUUUAGCCUCUAUGAAUCGUUUUAAUGUUACGCCUUCUCCUGUUUCGUCUAACACAUCUGUGCCUAUGCCUAUAUGUAGUGUAGCAUCUAAUUGUACACGUGAUCAUUUGGUUUCUCUUGAUGUAGCUAAAGAUAUGAUGAAUAAUGUUGAUCAUUCUCUUGUUAAUAAUAAUAUACCAACAGAAUCGAAUAUGGCUUCGACUAGACCUAUAAAUCCAGGUGGAACAACUAUAGCUAACAAGUUUACGGUUGCUCCUGCAAGCCUUGAAGAUGAUGAUACAGUAUCCUCGUCUGCAGUUGUGCAAGGAUCUACAUCCAAUCAAAGGCAACAAGCACCACCAAGACCACCUAGACAACAGCGUAAUUAUGCCGGGUCUACGCUUGGAAUGCAUACAUCAACUGAAUCACUAGGGCAUGGAUCAGUUGGUACUGGUAAUGCAAAUGUCAAUAUGACACCUAGUAUGAAUCAUGGUUUACCAGUUGGAACAUUGACAAGUGUUAAUUCAGCUUCAAAUGCUCCAUCUGCUCCAAACAAAGCAGUUCCUUAUAAAUAUCCAACUGAGAAUAUCCCCUCUCAACAUGGUCCAUCUACGACAACUAUGCCGACUACUACAUUGACUGCUGCUCUACCUCAAAUUAAUAAUCCUCAUCAAUCUACUCUUUCAUCGUCUAUUGUAACAAAUACAGUCCCACUGAAUACAGUUCAUUUAACUACUACUGUUAAUUCUGUUUCGACUGUAUCAAGUCAGAACCAACCUGGAUCUCAACUGCCAAAUAGACAAAUCAACGCAAAACUACUUGCUAGAAUGUAUCAGUCUUUGUGCUUUAUUUCAAAACACUAUAUAAAUAUAAAUUAAGAAAAAAGAACAUUCAGUUGAUGAUGCAACUGAAAAGCAUUCUAUUGAGGGGACGAAAUAAUUACCUGAAAAUUGAGCGGGGAGGGGAAGUGAUAGGCGAAUACAUAUAUCAGUUGCGUUUGAGGAAGGUAUUUCUGCUAUAUUAUUCAAGUGUUCCAUUGAUUUUCAAAAUAGACUAGGACUGAAGUCUAAGUACCUUACAACACCUCAGACAAAUGGUUAAAAACCCUAUGGAUUAGAGCUGUGCUUUGGUUUGAACACCUGUUAGGUUUUUUUUAUCCAGUUUAGUCCUUAUUCAACUACAAUUGUUCAGUCUGAGCGUAACGUCUUUUCCGUCCAUACAAUUAAUGUUUAUAUAUAUAUUCACUUUAUUUCGUAGAAUCCUGUCAUGAUAUUCAUUAAUGAACCGUGUGUAUCAGGUUUCAGGUUGUUGGUGAUGAAGUCGUUUAUUCACUUAUUAUUAAUGGGGGUAAGUAGUUCUUUGCAAGGCCUGGAUAAAAAUUUGAUUUAUUGUUGUAAACAAACAUGGUUAUAUCUUAUCUCGCUCUCUGCACACACUACUUCUUAUUCAUGCGUCUGAUUAUGAUGACUACUUUACACUGGUAUUGUCUUCUGAAUGAAAGUUUUUCACACACACACAUACACACAAACAUUUUGGCAAUCGUAUCUUUAAGAUUCAUUUUGUUAUAAUUGUGAUUCAAGUUAACUUUUAGUUUGUUAAAGUU